GGAUGGUUCAUUACAGGCAAAAAUUUUGCUUCAUCGGGGGAAACUCGGCGGUGGGCACGGCAAACAUUUGCUUCAUCGGGGGGAAGCAUCUGCGGCUGGGAAGUUUCAUCACCGGAAACUUUUCGAUCGGAAAUCUACAGGAAGUUUCAUAACCGGCUUAUUUUUGCUUCAUCUGGAGAAACAUCGGCUGCAGGCACGGAGCAAAAUUUACUUUUAUCGAGGGGAAAAUCUUCGGGGAGUUUCACUUCAUCUGCGGUUAGGGAGUUGCAUUACCGGCAAAAGUCUUCAUUAUCGGGGAGAAACAUCUGCGACGGACACGGAGCUUUAUCGUGGAGAAACAUCUGCGGUGGGUAGUUUCAUCACCGUGAAAUGUUUUCUUCAUCCGGGGAAACAUCUGCGGGGAGUUUCAUUACGUAAAAAUUUUUGCUUCAUCAAAAAAAUCUUCUCUGUGAGAAAAUUCUGUAGCCAUUUCAUCUGCGGCGGGGAGUUUUAUCGGGAAAAAGUUUGCUCAAUCGCACUUCUCUCACUAACCGCUUGUGAUCAUGGAGAAAGACCACGGCCAGCUUCAGAAACUUCGCGGCGUUGAUGAGGUGGCUUCUUGUCCGGAUACAAACCUGGACGGUAAUAUCCAUAACGGCGCUGAAGACAUUGUCUGUGGGCAGGAUCUGACCAGACCGCACGUUUCAAUCACCGUCCGGCCAGAAAAUGGUGGUUUCAGAAUUAGUAAAGCGACUCUCACUAACCUUGCAGUGGAGAAAGACAUCGUGAAACUUCAGAAUCUCGGUGGCGUGUAUGACAUUGCUUCUUGUCUGGAAACCAACCUGGACGGUGGGAUCGAUGGCAGUGCUGAGGACAUUGCCCGCAGACAGGAGGCCUUUGGUUCGAACACCUAUAAGAAACAACCGCACAAAAGAUUUUCCUUCUACGUGGCAGAAGCUUUAAAAGAUUACAUUGUCAUAACUCUUCUUGGCUGUGCAGCCAUUUCCCUUGGUCUUGGCAUCAAGGAUCAAGGCCUCAAAGACGGCUGGUACAGCAGCGGAAUCAUUUUCAUUGCCGUUUUUCUGCAGGUUGCCUUCUCUGCCAUCAGCAACUACUGGCAGAACACAGAAUUGGAGAAUUUUUCUGGAGUCAGCAACAAAAUCCAAAUUGAUGUCAUAAGGAGUGGUCAACGGCAGCAGAUUUCGACUUUUAAUAUAACUGUUGGAGAUGUUGUUUGCCUGAAGCCGGGGGACCAUGUUCCAGCAGAUGGGUUGUUCCUAGACGGACAUCCUCUGCAAGUAAAUAAAUCGAGCAUGGCCGGAGACAGCAACAAUGUUGAGGUGAAUUUGAGGCAAAACCCCUUCUUAGUUUCCAGUGCCAAGGUUAUCGACGGGUACGCUCAAAUGCUUGUUACAUCGGUCGGAAUGAACACCGCAUACGAUCAAAUGGUAAGUCCGAUCCUCAUAAGUGCACGUAACAUUUUGCUCAAAUUCCUGAAUGAGGAUACACCACUGCAAACGGCGGUGAGGAAGCUAGCAUUGUCAAUAUAUCAGGUUAGCAAUUUGGUUCUUGUGGUGUUGUUAGUUGUUACUCACUUCACCAAAAAUACCGUCGACAAAGAUGGCAAAAUAGAAUCCAACGGUAGCAAGACCAAGGGCGAUGGUGCAGCGAUUGCUGUGAAGGGGUUCGUUGCUGCUACCGCUAUUAUCAUCAGCGCUGCCCUUCCAGAAAACCUUUUGUUGGUAGUUAAGCAGACUCUAACUUUUGCAAGGAAGAGAAUGAUGGCAGAUAAGGUGAUGGUUCGGAAGCUCUCCGCGUGCGAGGCCAUCCGCUGCAUCACCACCGUUUGCACCAACAAAACGGGCACUCUCACACUUAACCAGAUGAAGGUGAAGAAGUUUUGGCUUGGCCAGGAGCCCAUGGAUGAAGCUGGUUUUUCUUCUUCAGAUCCUCCGUAUGUUGUUCAGUUGAUCCAACAAGGAGUUGCCCUGAACACAAGGGAAGGUGCUUACAAAUGUUCUAGAGGAUUGGGAUCCGAAAUCUUCGGUUGUCCAACUGAAAAGGCAAUCCUUUCUUGGGCUGAAAAGAAGUUAGUUAUGGAGGAAUUGAAGCAGAAUUGUUCAAUCCUUUUUGUUGAAACUUUCAAUUCUGAAAAGAAACGGAGUGGAGUUCUGAUUAAGAGGAAAGAUGAUAACACAGACACACUUCAUGUUCACUGGAAAGGAGCAGCAGAGAUGAUUCUAGCAAUGUGCUCCAGUUACUAUGAUGCUUCAGGAAUUAUGCAAGAUUUGAAUGAAGAAGAAAAAAUGAAUUUUAAGCAAAUUAUUGAGGAAAUGGCUGCCAGUGGUCUCCGCUGUGUCGCUUUUGCCCACAAACAAGUUUCACAAGAAGAGGGAGAAGAUCUAAAAGAGAAGAAAAAGCUCAAAGAAGAAAACUUGACCCUGUUAGGACUUGCAGGCAUUGAGGACCCACGCCGGCCAGAGGUGAAGCAAGCCGUGGUACAAUGCCAGCGUGCCGGUAUAAAGAUCAAGAUGAUCACCGGUGACAAUGUCUCCACUGCAAGAGCCAUAGCUAUUGAAUGUGGGAUUCUCCGAUCUGUUGAGGACAGCGAAGGAGCAGUCGUGGAAGGUGAGGUAUUCAGGAAUUAUACACAUGAGCAGAGGAUGGAGAAAGUUGACAAUAUCUGCGUUAUGGCACGAUCAUCUUCCUUCGCCAACUUUCUUAUGGUGAAGUGCUUGGAACUGAGAGGAGAAGUGGUUGCAGUCAACGGCAUAAAGGAUUCUGAUCAGGCGUUUAAAGAAGCCCAUGUUGGGUUCUCUUCGGGGACUCAAGGGACAGAAGUCGCCAAGGAAAGCUCUGACAUCGUCAUCUUGGAUGAUAACUUCGUAACCGUGGUCAAGGCUUUAAUGUGGGGAAGAUGUGUUUAUACCAACAUCCAGAAAUCCAUUCAGUUCCUACUCACUAUAACAAUAGCUUCUCUAGUUAUCAACCUCGUGGCAACUAUUUCUAACGGAACAGUUCCGUUAGCAGCUGCUCAGCUGUGCUGGACGAAUUUGAUAACGGGGAUUUUGGGUUCUCUGGCUCUAGAUACCGAGCAACCCACCAGCGAGCUAAUGGAGAAGCCCCCCGUUCGCCAGAUGGAGCGACUUAUUACCAACAUCAUGUGGAGGAACCUCAUAACUCAAUCUCUUUAUCAGAUUGGAGUCCUCCUAAUGCUGCACUUUAGUGGAGAAUCAUUAUUUGGAGUAACAGAGGCUGUGAAGAACACCUUGAUCUUCAAUACUUUCGUCCUUUGCCAAGUUUUCAAUGUUUUCAAUGCGAGGAAGCUUGAGAAGAGGAAUGUAUUGAAGGACGUUCAUAAGAACUGGAAGUUUCUUGGGAUUGUUGGGAUUAUGAUUCUUCUCCAGGUGGUCAUGGUGGAGUUUCUAAUGCAGUUUGCCAAUACGGAGAAGUUGAAUUGGGUACGCUGGGGGGCUUGUGUAGCCAUUGCUGCCAUCUCUUGGCCUGUUAGCUGGAUUGCCAAGUGCAUACGGGUGCCAGAACUCUGAUUUUAUCUAAUCUCUAGCUGAAGAAAAGUAGUACCUCUAAAUAACCGUUGUAUGAUAUGUCUCCUAUAAUAUAUAUAUUGCUUACCGUAACUUUUUCUUUUGAUGGAGCUAGCUGUAAUAUAAUCUUAGUCAUGCA